CUUUCAAUUACUUCUGCAAAUUUUCCACGCUUCAAAAGACUGAACAUUAUCUGCCCCACAACUUUUCCGUUUUUUCCUGAUUUGCCAAGACUUUCGAAAGUAUCUUUUUCUUUUAUGAGUUUCUAUAAAAUAUACAGGGUGCCCCUUCUGAUGGACAGAUGUAGAGGUGUGCAAGUUUGGUGGUCAGACGAAAGCGGAUAAUUAUGUUGAAAAAUCAAAUUUGUGCUGUGAUAUGCCUGCUUCCAGUUUUUAUUUGUACUGCACAGCAGUCUAAUGGCAGCAGCACUAAUUUUUCCUUUACCAACUUUAGCCAAAACAACAGCCAGCAGCUCAUAUACAUGGGGGACGCUAACUUUUCGGCUGAGUAUGGUUAUAUCGAUAUCACACCCGAUCCAAACCCCACUGUAAACUUUUCUUCUCCAAAUGAAACGGCUUCAAAUCUUCUCGACCGCAACGGAAGGGUUCUGUACCACAAGGAGAUCACGAUGUGGCCGGCAAGUUUCACCACCAGCUUCACCAUCUUCGUGGAAAACAUAACAGCCAUCAGAAACUUCAAUGGCGACGGUAUUGCCUUCAUCAUCGUGCCAGAUAACAAGGGCCUUUUAGCAAAGAGCAGUGGGGCCUUCCUCGGCCUCUUCAACCAGUCCACGGACGGAAACACGACCGGCCAGCUUGCCAUCGAAUUCGACACAUUCCAUAAUGAAUUUGACCCAGUCGGCAGCAAUCAUGUGGGCAUCGACAUCCAGGGCAUCAAAUCCAACGCAACUGCUAGUAUGGAAGAGCACGGCAUGGAUAUCCAGGCUGCGCGAGCUAUAGAAGUCAGGGUCGACUACGACGGGUGGGCUAAAUCCCUGCAAAUCUAUGCGCGCUAUGCAAACAGUAGUUCGGCCUACACAAGCCUUCUGAACUACACGGUGGAGCUCAAAAACACUGUUCCAAGAUCGGCGUACGUGGGAUUUUCUGCAGCAACAGGGAAUUCAUUCGAGAUACACAGAAUUCUCAACUGGAAUUUCAGUUCCACGAUGUUGCCGGAAUCUUCACUGGAUUUAUCACCGGGGGGACCGGAAAGCGGGGUCAAAGUCGGCGUCUUGGUGGGCUCAAUUACAGUCGGGUUGGUUAUGGUGGGAUUGUUGGUCUUGUGGUUCGUGGUAAAGAGACUAAAAAGGAAAAACCAGACUACUAUAACUCUUGACAAAGGAAGCUUCAUGGGAGAGCUUGAAAUGAUCCAAAGCGCGCCUCACCGUUUCUCGUACAAGCAACUAGCCGCCGCUACCAGCAACUUCAGUAAAGCCGAGCUUUUGGGAACCGGCGGGUUCGGAAGCGUGUACAGAGGAAACCUCAACGCCGGAGGUAACGAAGAAGGGUCGUUGGUGGCGGUGAAGAGAAUUUCAGCCGGGUCAAGGCAGGGGGAAAGGGAGUUCAUCUCUGAAAUCAACACCAUAGGCCGCCUCCGCCACCGGAACCUGGUGCAGCUUCAGGGCUGGUGCCACGAGCGUGAUGAGCUUCUUCUAGUCUACGAUUACAUGCCCAACGGAAGUCUGGACAAAUUCCUUUACGACAGAACCCGGGACCCGCCCUUGGAUUGGCCGCGACGCCAAAGGAUAUUGUGCGGCCUGGCCUCGGCUCUACUCUACCUGCAUGAAGAAUGGGAGCAGAGGAUCAUUCACCGAGACGUGAAGCCCAGCAAUGUGAUGCUUGACGGGAAAUUCAACGCUCGCCUGGGGGACUUCGGUCUGGCCCGGCUCAUGGAGCACGACGAUAAUAGUCCGGCUGUGAUGACUCUGCUGGCGGGUACGCCCGGGUACGUGGCUCCCGAGUGCAGCUACACAGGCAAGGCCACGACAGAAUCAGAUGUGUUCAGUUUUGGGAUCGUCCUGUUGGAGGUGGCCACUGGUAGGCGGGUUGUGGAGCGCAAGUACCCAUUGGCUGAACGAAAUUUGGUGGACUGGGUUUGGGGGCUCUACAGCCAGGAUAGAGUCUUGGAGUGUGUGGAUCCCAAACUGGAAGGGUCUGGUUAUGAUGAAGAGCAGAUAAGAAGAGUGUUGAUUUUGGGUCUAGCGUGCUCGCAUCCUGAUCCACAGUUACGCCCUUCUAUUAGACAAGCCAUUCAAGUGCUCAUAAACCCUAAUGAAGAGCUGCCGCAGCUGCCUUCCAGCAGGCCACUGGCGAUCUAUGUUAGUUUGCCACCGGUUGGAUCUGUUCAUUCUCAGUCCACCUUGUCUUCGAGUACGAGUGGUGAUGCCGGAUCGUAUAGUCUCAUGGGUGAGAGUAGCAUGGGUUCCAUUACAUGUUCCACGCUACAUCAUGGCAGAUAAAGAUGAGCACAUGGCUUGCCAUACUUUCUGUCUCACUCUCUUUUCAUUUGCCAUGUUUGUUUAUAUUAAAUAUGCGUUGCAAAGGAGUUUAUCUGUUUUGUUUUUUUGUUUUUUUAAAGAUUGUAUUUGCAUUGGAGUGAGAAUGCCAUACAUGAAUACAUUCAAAUU